CCUAUCGCAUUACUCAUCCUAUGUAGAAGCACAGGCAAGUAUCGCAUGCAAAUUACGAUUGAAGCUCAGCCCUGGUCUUAGUGUCAGUUCAGCUCUUGCCUCGGUUCCAGCUCAACUUCAGCCACUCAGCUGAUCUGGGCAGCUAGUUACCUUGCCCAGCCAAGCAGGUAAAGAGAACCAGAACCCAGGAACGUAGACGCACACCGGUUAGCUUCCAACCGUACUCUUCUAUCACUCAGCAGUUCAGGAGGCCCUUACGCUGUUUGAAUGACAUUAAGAUGUUUGAAUUCGAUUAUGACAAGCUGCACCAGCUCUCUAAACUUUUUGAGUUCAAGUACGACCAGAUUGACAGUCUCCUAGGAGGCGACCAUAUUCGUGUCCUUACCUUGGCGGCAAGUGACACAUUCACUGACCCAAUUGAUGUCAGCCUCUCGACCGUCAACUUAAUGAGUCUGCCCACCUAUGAGGCAUUAUCUUAUUGUUGGGGCAACGCGUCGGACCAGGGUCUGAUCUGGUGCAAUGGCAAGCCCUUCCCGGUGACACGGAAUCUGGAAUCUGCUCUCCGUCGUCUUCGCCAAAGUCGAGGCAACCGGCUAUUGUGGAUCGACGCCAUUUGCAUCAAUCAGGACGAUCUCGCCGAGCGCGCAUACCAGGUGAAUCUCAUGCGACACAUCUACAAGAAUGCCGAGCGGGUGUUGAUCUGGCUGGGAGAAGACAGUGAGGAUAGCGAGCUUGUCUUUCCUCUCGCAGAGAAGACAGUAACAUUCUGGUUAGACUUGAUAUGUGACAGCUCUUUUCGGAUCGAUGAAAUGAUGAUGCUAUGGCAACAGGAUUCGAAGAGAAUCUUAUCGAUGAAGUUGAGGGAAGCAAGACGUCGGAAAGCUAUGACUGGGACCGAAGGUCUUCAGCCUCCACAGGCUGCAGGGGUGAUAUACUACAACAGUAAAGUCGACAAAACAGAAGAUAAUUACAGUGAAGGAGGAAGACAGGAGGAAGAAAAGGUAGAGGAUCUGACGAGGAGAGAAUUGACGGCUUGUAUGCGAUUGGUGAGCCGGCCUUGGUUUACUCGAUGCUGGGUUGUCCAAGAGGCCGUUCUCGCAAGAGAAGCAGUUGUACUCUGUGGUAAAAGCUCUCUCGACUGGAUUACCUUCUACUUGGGCGUCAUGUUUAUUAUUGCACUUCGAGGCGGUCUAAGAGGACGCCCCCAGACGAUGACCAGGGGUAAUAUACACCUUACGACAGUGUUACAACAAAAGAGGCUUGUUGGCAUGAUUGACGGCAAACAAGUAGAUUACGAGGAUCUACUUAAGCUACUUUGGGAGUUCCAACUUUUCGAUGUUACCGAUCCGCGAGACAAAGUGUUUUCUAUCCUCGGUCUCGUUGACUCGAGGGAGACACAAGCAGAAGGAAUCGUGCCGGACUAUACCAUCUCGGUGGAAGAAUGCUACAAGCGUACAGCACUGGCUAUCAUGUCUUAUACGAAAAACUUGGACCUGCUCAUGACGGAUCAUAACUUGGCAAGUAAGCUACGAUCGCCGUCGUGGGUACCAGACUGGAGUAUCAUAGAACCGGCCGCUGUCGUGCCGAUCCACCGUUACGGUGACCGAGAACGCCUGGCAGAGACAGGAUUUAGACCGUACCGUGCAUCAACUUCUGACUACUGGGACAUCGAGGGCAAGGCACAUGGAGAUACCUUGACACUUUCGGGUUACAUCUUCGAUACGAUCAUAGCACUAGAAGAUAUUUUGACAACGACGGAGUGGGAUUAUGUUGCAUUAAACAGCAUAAAUUCGUUCAACACAUACAUGCGCUUCCUCAAGGAUUUCCUCUGGGCUUUAGGAGUGCACUAUGACAGAUCAGUGAUGUGGGAGAAGCUUGCACUCACUCAAGAAUACCCGGAAUAUCCUACUGGAGAAGAGCCAGAGACAGUCUUCGCUAUGAUCAUGUGUGCUGGGAACAUCAAUGAGCCCAAGGAAGCCUUAUCUGGCCACCGGGCGAUGAACAAGAUACUUCGCGGGCCGAAGGCUGUAAACUUUGUAAGACGCCUUGGUCCAGACAGCAUAAUCUAUGUAAGCCUUGUUGUUAUUCUGGGCACGAUUGCCACUUUGUACUAUGGCCUACCUAGAAACUAUCUGACAGCUACACGGGCCGUUGGACGGCGCUUGGCAAGGACAAGGAAAGGGUAUCUAGCCCUCGUACCAAGAAACAGCGCGACGGGGGACCUAAUAUCCCUUUUUCAGGGCGGAAAAGUUCCGUUCGUGAUCCGGGAAAUGCCUUUUGGGCAUGCAUAUAAGAUAAUAGGACCAAGCUAUGUCCAUGGCAUCAUGUAUGGCGAGGCAUGGAAUAGCGAACUGAGCAAAGAAAUAUCAAUCGUUUAAGAGAGGUGUAAAGAAGGAAUUAGACAUAAUUUGGUCACAGUGAGCAGGGCCUCAUACUCAUUUGACUCUUGAUAUUACUGCUCUACUCCGAGGCCGGGACAACGCGUUUCUCAUGUCGUGCCUUCUUCCAAGCCUUGUGUUAAAUCUCCUAUCAACUCAGUUGAGCCAUUGCUCCCCAAUCA